AUGGCUGGCUCAAAUGAAUCGCUGAUGAGCCUUGAGCAAAAACGGCUAGAACUGGAAAAGCAAAUAACAGAUCUUCGAACUUCAAUAUAUCAUUGGAAACUUUGGAAUGCAGAAUAUGACGGUUUGAAAGAAGAAAUCUUGUCGUUGCCAGAGGACAGCUCACGCGAGCAUAUACUCGAAGUAGGCCGAACGUUUGAAGGGUCUGAAGUCACUGAGAAGGAAGUGCGAGCUUUGCUUGGAGAAGGGUCUUCUGGGCCUACGAUAUCAAGGUCACCUCAACAAAUCGCUCGUGCGAUUGACCGGAGAAUUGACUAUGUCCUGGAAAAUAUCAAGGCGCUAGAGAAGCGCGCCGUCUCUCUGGAAGAUCAACUGAGUUCUCUUUUUUUGGAACAACCUGAUAACGGUCUCAAUGAAGAAGGCCUACCCAUUACGGAUAUAGUUGAAGAGUUGGACGAAGAUGGAAAUGUCAUUUCAAGUUCUACGACGAUGCCCGGAAAGGAGACAAAUGAGCUACUUGAUGUUUUGAAGAAAGCCGGGUUGGAAGUCCCUAAUGGAAAACCGAAGAAGGAGAAAGGAACAAGUGAGGUGAAAGUAACGGACUCUUCCCCCUCAGUACCAUCCAUGAACAACAACUCUGAAGAACCUCCUGUACCUGAUACUAGUGGGAGAAGUUCCAUUCAGGUCUCUGAAGCUGAGGUUAAAACACGCGCCCAAGGAAAAACUAAAACUCCAGAGGUUGAGAACUCUGUUGAUAAGAAGAGCAAUGCUAUUUCAUCACCUGCAGUUGCCCCGAUAGCCACUUCCGAGACGAGGCCUUUAGAACUGGAGGUGCCAGCCGCAGAUGCUGAAGAGAAAGAUUUAUCAGUGAAUGCUGAGGUGGAGGGAGACACCCUCGAGGAUGCUGCAUUGCGCAGAGAGAUGCUUCAAUAUGGACUUGAGGAAGUAGGCGCAAUAGUCGCAGAACUUGAACUUGACGAAGAUGGAAGUGAAUUUUCCAUUGAUGAUGAAGAUUACGAUCUUGAUGACCAAGACAGUGAGGACGAGGAUGAAUAUGGGCGAACGAGAAGCAGGGUUUUGGAUGACGAUUAUAUCAAGCAAAUGCGUGAGCUUGAGAAAAAAUUGAAUGCCAAGAGUUUACAGAAUAUUGGCCCAGAUGCUAGCAUACUGCCUUCAGAUGUUCAAACUCAGGUUGAACAGGCGCCUUCUGCCAUGAAGAAAGGCCCGGCAAAAAAGAAAACGGUGGCAUUCGCGACGGAACUUGAUAUUGCUCCCGAGCCAUCCCCCAAGCCUGCAACUGUGGCUACAAAGGCCGAAACGGAAGUUCUUCCUCCGCCUAUGCAGGAAGCAGUGAUAGAAAGAUCAGGAGAGGCCAGUAUGGCAAAGGCUAAGGAUACAGGAUCAGCCAAGAAGGUUUCUCGUUUCAAACGGGCCCGGGAUACAACAGAUUCUACGUCUGUAGGCACAGUCACUCAGCCUACCUCGAUGCCCCCGAAUGGCAGCUCUUCCCUAAAUUCAAGAGCUCCAGCCAUUCCUCCACCAUUGUUUCCCGCUACUUCUUCAACUCCAAAGCCAUUCUCGCAGCCUAUCCCUGAGCUAGAUACGCUUUCUUUGAAAGAGGGCAACCAGGGCAACAAGGAUAACAAGAAAACGAAUAAUAAACCACUAGCUGAUGUCCUCGUUGAAAGAGCCGUGCAUAGGGAUUCUGUCGUUCCCCCUGACCCGGAUGAGUUGGAUGAAGCUAUCCACAGGCGAGAAGUCGCAGCAGAGUUUUAUAAACUACGGAAUCACAAAAUUCAACAAAGCGGAGGGUUUCUUCAAGAGAAUGCAACUGAGCCUCUUCCUGCCCUGAAUACUAGUGACCACUCGCAAGGCGAACAAGAAAAGCCGAAAAGAGUGAGCCGUUUUAAGGCUGCAAGAGCUAAAUAA